AAUCUUCUGAAAAAAGUUGAAAUUUUUUUCAUGUAUCUGUUACCACCAAAUUUAGACCCAUCUUCAAUAUCAUCCAUUCUUGUUACAUUCCAAGUGGACAUCAUCCAUAAGGCCACAACUUAUCAUCCUAACUCCCCUAAUAAAUAGCAUCAUCUAUUGAUUUUUUCUACUCAUGAUAAUCUCGUGCUUCUUUCUCUCCCUUUAUCAACAAACCCUCUAUCUUUAUUUCUUUCAUUUUCUCUAAAGCCUCUUAAAGGAGGAAAACAAUACUAAAGAACUAAGCCAUGGCUGCCUGUGGAAGCCUUCAGCAUAUCUUCGAAAAUCCAUUACCAGAAACUGCUCCACUUCUUGAAUCCCUCUCUUCUUGGAAGCAAAUCAAGCCUGUAAAACCCAUCCAGCAAUCAUCGUUCGCUGACAUAUUCGGUGAGCUUCAUUUCAAAGAAAAUUCUGAGUUACUUUCAUCACCACCUUCGUUUCCUGUAUCAUGCUUCUCUUCCCCUUCCUCAUCUUGUAUAGAUUCAAUCCCACACCCUGCAACUUCAAAACUGGACAAACUUGAUAGUUUAGAUAAUGAAUAUGAGAGCAAGAAGAGCCCAUCACAGGACUUCUUUUCAAGCACACCAAAGAAUCAUCAAUACAUAGGUGGCCACAAUAAUGGCGAGAGCUUUUCACAAAGGAAAUAUGAGAGCUUGCAACUAUGCACAGAAGGGCUUGGUUUUGAAAGCUUUGAUGAUGUUUACUUUAACAAUGAGAUAAACGAAUGUUGGAAUGACCAAGAAGAGAAAGCAAGCAUUACAAGGCAUUCAACAACACAGAAUCUAAGUGGAGAAAUCCGGCGGUCCAGGCAGAAUGGCAGAGCAUUCCCUCCGCCAAUUUCAUGCAUAGGCAAGAGUGGAAAGCCUUGGGUUUCCUUCAAGUCUUAUAGACAUGAUGGCAGGUUCGUGCUUAAGCAAGUAAGGAUUCCUAGCCAAGAGCUUUUACAUGCAUGUAGAGAAGAUGGCCGUUUAAAGCUGCACUUUGUUCAGCCAAGUGAUGAAAUUCUUGAAGAAGAAGAUGGUGAUGAAGAGGUGGGGGGAGAAGGAAUCUACAUAGAAGAUACUGAGCAAGAAGAAAAUGAAGAAACAGGCAACAAAAAUGAUGAGGAAGAUGACAGAUGAAAAGAACAAGGUGCAGCAGGCAUAAAGUCAAGGGCAAUUGUCAUAUAUCGGUAGGAAUAUUUUUUGCUCUAGUAGAAAAAUCUCUAGCUUCUGUUUUUUCUUCCAGAGUUAUUUUCAAAUAAACAGAGAAAAAAGAGGAAAAUAUCUCCGACUAGCUAAGCGUAAUUUCU